AUGUACAGUGUUGUAUUGGAACUCAUCACUAGUUCUAGCGGUCUAGUCUGGACACUUCUGGUUCUGGUUGUGGUAUAUUAUCUGUGGGACAGACACCAGAGACUGAAAUCCCUACCCCCGGGACCUACACCACUCCCAUUACUUGGUAACAUCCUUGACCUGGCGUCAAGUGAUCAGCUAGGAACAUUUCGGAAACUACGGGGAAAGUAUGGAGACUUGGUCACAUUGCACAUGGGGUCGUUCACAAUGGUAGUGGUCAGUGGUUAUGACACACUUCGGGAACUUUUCGUCAAACGCGGUGACGUCACAUCCGACCGGCCUGAUCUAUUUUCAUUCAGAGAAAUAACAAAAGGAGAAGGACUUGUGAGCAGAUCAGGGCCUGAAUGGAAGAUACACAGAACAUUCGCUAUUGGAGGACUAAGAGAUUUCGGCUUCGGCAAGAAAAGUUUGGAAGGAAAAAUAAUGGAAGAGGUGGAAGUAUUUCUCAAUGUUCUUGAGGAGAAGAAAGGACAACCGCUACAUCCCGAGUCCUGUAUCCAGACCAGUGUUGCAAACAUUAUAUGUUCCAUUAUAUUCGGAAAGAGAUUUGAACAUGGCGACCCUGUAUUUAUAGAACUAGUGGACACGGUUAACGAAAACAUGUCUCUUGUGGCGUCGGCUGGCCUCCUCAACCUCCUGCCCUUUCUUCGAUUUGUGCCAGGGGACCCCGUGGGUAGCAGAAAAGUCCUGAACAAUGCAGAUAGAGUUAUCAAGUACCUUUACAAACUGAUUGAUGCCCAUCAAGAGGAAUUCGACGCGGAAAAUAUUAAAGAUUUCAUCGACGUUUACUUAAAAGAAAUAGAGAAUAGAAAAGGACAGGACACUUCCUUCACAGUCUCACAGCUAAUGAACACUAUAGCUGACAUGUUCAUCGCUGGAAUGGAGACGACCACAACAACUCUUCACUGGGCUGUCUUGUUCUUCCUCAACAACCCGGAUGUACAGAAGCGUUGUCAUGAGGAGGUAACGAGGGUGGUAGGAGAGGGUCGAUUCCCCUCCCUGUCAGACCGCCCGGACAUGCCGUAUAUUGAGGCCACCAUCACAGAGAUCCUCAGAUGUGGGGACAUUGCUCCUCUUGGAUUGGCACAUGCUACAAGUGUGGACGUACAUUUUAAUGGUUAUAUUAUUCCUAAAGGAGCUAUGCUGAUUCCAAGUAUCACAUCUGUUCACAAAGACCCAGAGCUAUUCCCCGCGCCGGAAAAAUUCAAACCAUCAAGAUUCCUUGACAAGGACGGCAAACUCCAGCGAACAGAACACGUUAUACCAUUCUUUUUCGGUCGCCGUGUAUGUAUGGGCGAGGCCCUCGCAAGGUCAGAACUGUUUCUUUUCAUCACUUCCAUGGUACAACGAAUCCAGUUUAAACCUGUGGAUCCAGAUAGCAUUCCUCCAGUGAAAGGCGUUUUGGGGGCUACACUCAAACCAUGUCCUUAUACAUGUAUAGCCGAGAAGAGAGCUUAGAAUAUCUAAGGACAACAAACAUACAUCUACUCACUAUUACAACACUAUACUUAUGUAACUACAAGCCGUUUUGCAUGUUUUUAAUAAAAAUACAGAAGAGAUUGAAUUUGAAUUAUUAUGAACACCUUUCGAAGAAUUAAGUGCAGUAGAGCCAAAAACAAAGAAUAAGAUUUAAUCAUACAGCUGUUUCAUCCUUCAAGAAUUCGUUAUUGAUGUAAAGGACCUAACUUUUUAAGCUUAGGAAGCGAAAGCAGGAAAUAAAAACUAAGAUAAUGCGUAACAAUGUUAAUGGAAAAUACAUAACACUAACAAUGACAUGUGACAUACAAUGUACCUUAGAACAUAGUCCUUCUGUAAAUUACGCUGACAUGCAAUGUAAUUUCGUAUUAUUAUAUAACAAUAUGUUCCUUCCGCUAAUCUACUCGGAGACGUUACUCAUUUCAAAUGACAUGGGUUGCAUAUUAACCAAAACCAGAAAAAAUAAAUCAAAUUAAAUGAGUAUAUAUAA